UCAGGGCAGACUCAGAAAAUGAAUCUUUUCCAGUCAAUAACAAGUGCCUUGGAUAACUCGCUGGCCAAAGAUCCUACUGCAGUAAUAUUUGGUGAAGAUGUUGCCUUUGGUGGAGUCUUUAGAUGCACUGUUGGUUUGCGAGACAAAUAUGGAAAAGAUAGAGUUUUUAAUACUCCAUUAUGUGAACAAGGAAUUGUUGGAUUUGGAAUUGGAAUUGCAGUCACUGGUGCUACUGCCAUUGCUGAAAUUCAGUUUGCAGAUUAUAUUUUCCCUGCCUUUGAUCAGAUUGUUAAUGAAGCUGCCAAGUACCGCUAUCGCUCUGGGGAUCUCUUUAACUGUGGAAGCCUCACUAUCCGGUCCCCUUGGGGCUGUGUUGGCCAUGGGGCUCUCUAUCAUUCACAAAGUCCUGAAGCUUUUUUUGCCCAUUGCCCAGGAAUCAAGGUGGUUGUACCCAGAAGCCCUUUCCAAGCCAAGGGACUUCUUUUGUCAUGCAUAGAGGAUAAAAAUCCUUGUAUAUUUUUUGAACCUAAAAUACUUUACAGGGCAGCAGUGGAGCAGGUUCCUAUAGAACCGUACAACAUUCCACUGUCCCAGGCUGAAGUCAUACAGGAAGGGAGUGAUGUUACCCUUGUGGCCUGGGGUACCCAGGUUCAUGUGAUUCGUGAGGUAGCUUCCAUGGCACGAGAAAAGCUUGGAGUGUCUUGUGAAGUCAUUGAUCUAAGGACUAUUUUACCUUGGGACGUGGAUACAGUUUGCAAGUCUGUGAUCAAAACAGGGCGUCUGCUGAUCAGUCACGAGGCUCCGUUGACGGGAGGCUUUGCAUCAGAGAUCAGUUCCACAGUUCAGGAAGAAUGUUUCUUGAACCUAGAGGCUCCUAUAUCAAGAGUAUGUGGGUAUGACACACCAUUUCCUCACAUUUUUGAACCCUUCUACAUCCCAGACAAAUGGAAGUGCUAUGAUGCCCUUCGAAAGAUGAUCAACUAUUGACGGCGCAGACAAAAGAGGAAGAUUAUGACUAGAUAUGGAAAUAUUUUUCUGGAUUUUUAAAAUAUUCCUCAGGCUUAUCUCUUCUUGGCACUAGAACCAUCAUGGAUAUUGGCUAAGAAGUAUUAAUUAAUUAAUGUAUUAACACACAUGAAUUGAUGAUUCCCAUUAAGAUUGUUUUAGAGUAACUUUUUAAAAUGUUCCAUGUGGUAGUCUUAUAAUUCUGUUUGAUAAUAUCUGUAAAUAUUGGGUGUGGGGUACUAUUCAAUAAAGCAAAAUCACAUUA